UUAUGUGUAAAAUUCCUCAUUGCAGACUUUAUCAGGAUUCCUCAGAAUUACACUACAGUCAUAAGACAGACCAUUGCAGAGUGUAGGUACAUUCUACGUAAUGCUAGUACACCAGGGCACAGUUACAGUAAAAAGGACAUUAAAGGGCCCUGUUUUUUUCCCCUUCCACUUAUACCCUGUGGUGGUAUGUACCUAUAUCAGUGUCACAUGUUGGCCAAUAAAGUGCUUUCCUUUUUUAAUUGCCAUUUCUAAGUAUGAUCUCUGCAGUAACUUCAAUUCUCUGGACCAACCUUGGAGAUGCAGUAGUGCAGCUGGAUCAAGCAUUUGUGACUCCUACUUUAACUGGAAUGGUAGGUACUGGUUGUUCUAUUAUGGGAUGAAGAUCUGUAGGCCACAGAGCUGUGUUCCUACAUAUGGAUGCUCAGUGAUCCUCAUUAUCAGAUAAAAGAUGUGGUUACAUGCCAGGUGGUUACUCAGCAGGUCUGUGUAGGAUAUGACUGCUGUGACUUCAGUUCCCCCCAAAUUAGAGUGAAAGCAUGUCCAGGCAACUAGUACCUCUACGAGUUUAUCAGGCCAAAUUACUGCUCUGCAGCUUACUGUACAGGCUUAGGUCCUUUCUAUGCAUAUGGAAUUGGAGUUGGAGACGUAGUGAAUGAACGGAUAGAUGAUGGAGGUUCAUCUGCUAUUCCUCUUGUGCAGCCAUUUUCAUUCUUUGGAAAAACAUACAAUCAAAUAUAUGUCAACAACAAUGGUCACUUAACCUUUGAUCAGGCAUGGAGCAGCUACACCCCCUACCAGUUUCCUUCUAAUGGUGGACGAGACCUCAUUGCCCCAUUCUGGACAGACCUUGAUAAUCGUGGAAAUGGUGAUGUCUCAUAUCAGCAAUACACUACUGGAAACAUUCUCACACAGGCCACCCAGGACAUAAACCAGCAUUUCCCUCAGCUGCAAUUCAGUGCAACGUGGGUUUUUGUGGCAACAUGGCAUAAAGUUGCUUACUACAGUUACUCAGGCAUGGAAGCAUCUUUCCAAGUUGUUUUAAUUUCAGGUGGUCAUCUCUCUUUUAUACUGAUGAAUUAUGGUCAAAUUUCUCCAACAGACAGGUCUGUACAGGCUGGUUAUGACACAGAUGACUCCAGUUACUACUUCUCAAUUCCUGGGUCAUUUCAACACAACUACAAUGUCUUUACAUACAGCACCAAUGUCAAUGUGACAGGCAGAUGGGCUUUCCGUGUAGAUCAUGGCUCACAGAGAUGUCAAUUUAACAACAACUCCGUCCCACAGGGUACCUCUUUCUGGACAGAUGCCUCUUGCCUGGAGAGGUGCACUUGCACCCGCCAGGGUCUCCAGUGCAGCUCUCAGCCCUGCACCUUCUCUCAAGCCUGCCGUCGUGCUGCUUUCCAGUAUGGCUGUCAAAAUAUUCAACGCCAAACCUGCACCAUUUCUGGUGAUCCUCACUACUUUACUUUUGAUAAUCAGGUGUUUCACUUUCAAGGGACCUGCACUUAUAUCCUGUCUGAGGCCUGUGGUGAUGGGUUGCCAUACUAUCGUAUUGAAGGAAAGAAUGAGAAUCGGGGCAGCACACGUGUGUCAUGGACACGCUUGGUCAGAAUAUUUGUCUAUGAUCAAGAAUUAGAACUGGUGAAAAAUCAUCAACAUGAAGUCAAGGUGAAUGGGAGUUUUGCAGCAACACCUUUCAGCCUCCGCAAUGGCUCCAUUCAAGUCUAUCAGUCAGGCUUUUCUGUAGCUGUCAGUACUGAUUUUGGCUUAGUUGUUACAUAUGAUGCUAAUUUCUACGUGACCAUCAGUGUGCCUUAUGACUAUCAGAAUGCCACAUGUGGCCUGUGUGGCAAUUUCAACCACCACCCAGAAGAUGACUACCGUACACCUUCAGGAGAGAUCUUGAGCUCAGAUGUGGAGUUUGCAAAUGCUUGGAAGGCACAGGGGGAUGAGGUCUGCCAGAAUACUGGGUGCUCAGGUCUUAUGUGUGCUGCCUGUACCACUGCUCAGAGCAAUCUGUACAGUAACUCAAACUACUGUGGAAUCAUGGCAGAUCUUAGUGGACCAUUUGCCCCUUGCCAUUCGAGGCUGGCACCCCAGACCUUUGUAGAGAAUUGUGUCUAUGAUCUUUGUGUGGGAGAAGGAUACCAGCCAAUCCUAUGCCAGGCAUUGAAUGUAUAUGCCGCUCAGUGCCAGCAGCAGGGCAUUCAGAUUGGCCACUGGAGAAGACAAGGAUUCUGUGAAAUUCCAUGCCUUGAGCACAGUCACUUCGAGUCUCAGGGCACAGGCUGUCCUGCAACCUGCAGUAACCCUUCUGCUCCUUUAAACUGCCCCUUGCCAAACCAGGAGAGCUGUAUUUGUGAUGCUGGAUAUGUCCUAAGUGCUGGAGAGUGUGUUCUUCAAGCUAACUGUGGCUGCACUUUGGGAGGACUCUACUAUGCCAACGGUCAGACAGUGGUAUUGGACGAUGACUGUGGGAGGCUGUGUACCUGCAAUAACAGAGUUAUGAGCUGCCAAAAUCACCAGUGUGGUCCACAGGAGAUGUGUGCAAUCCAUGAUGGAGUGAGAGGGUGCAGACCAUUAAGUUAUUCAACCUGUGUGGUUAAAGGAUCAGGCUCAUAUCACACUUUUGAUGGACUCACUUUUAGCUACCCAGGAGCCUGUGGGCUCACCCUUACUAGGGUGAUGGGUCCAUCCUCCCUACCUAACUUUGCCAUAACUGUCCAGAAACAGCCCAGAGGCCAUCAGAACUUUUCCAGAUUGCUGAAGUUUGAGGCAGAGGGAACUCAGGUCUCUAUUGAGAUGGGAGAAGGAGGAAAAGCGAUGGUGGAUGGACAGGCAGUUGCUUUACCAUUUGGUGUUGGUACCAGUCGAGUCCAUAUCUACCACAGCAGUGUGAAGGGUAUAAUCAUGGAAACAACCUUUGGGGUAACUGUGCGAGCUGACUGGCCACACCUAAUCCGAAUCACUGUACCCAGCACCUACAAUGGCACACUUGGUGGUCUGUGUGGGAAUUUGAAUGGAUACCAUGGAGAUGAGUUCCUUAGCCCAGUUGGAGUCUUGCUGAAUGAUUCACAGGCAUUUGGGAAUAGUUGGCGGGAUGGGUCUCUCUCAGCCUACUGUGAAGAAUCAACAAUCAGCUGGCAACCAGGAUAUUAUCAGAACAACAGCCACUUCAUACAACACUGCAGCAUUAUGGCUUCACCAUACGGACCAUUUGCUGAGUGCCACAGCAGCCUGGAUCCCAGGGUAUGGAUAGCAGAUUGCAUCCGUUUCCUUGAACAGACAGGGGGCACAAAAGAGGCUUUGUGUGAGGCCCUGAGAGGGUACGCUGUUCUUUGCCAACAAAAUGGCAUUAUUGUGCGAGAUUGGAGAAAUAUAACAAACUGUGAGUUCCCCUGUCCAGCCAAUAGCCACUAUGAGCUGUGUGGUACUUCCUGCCCAGCAGCCUGCCCCAGUCUCUCAUUCCCCUUUUCAUGCAUCCAGCGGUGCCAGGAAGGAUGCCAAUGUGAUGAUGGGCUACUUCUAAGUGGAGACCGUUGUGUGCCCCCUACUGGUUGUGGCUGUCUCCAUGAGGGGCGCUACAGGCAGGGUGGAGAACGUUUCUGGCACGGUGAAGAGUGCCGGUCCCUGUGUACCUGUGAUGGGACCACAGGUUUUGUCCGCUGCUUGCCAUCAUCUUGCAGUGAGCAGGAAACCUGUCGUAUUGUUGGGGGAGAAUAUGGUUGCCACCCUCUACCCCGUGCUACCUGCUCUGCUUCAGGAGAUCCCCACUAUACCUCUUUUGACGGACGCACAUUUGACUUCCAGGGCACCUGCAGAUACAUACUGGCAACUGUAUGCAAUGAUACUCGAGGGCUACCAUAUUUCCAGGUUGUUGCCAGGAAUGAGGCAUGGCAUGGACUCCAAGUUUCAGUCACUGUGGACGUUUAUGUUAAUGUCUCAGGACAUAUGGUGCAUGUCUCACGCAACAUGCGAGGUACUGCUAAGAUUGAUAAUGAGACCCGGAAUCUUCCUGUCCUGCUUGAUUCUGGACGUGUUUCCAUUUACUCCAGUGGACAGAACACAUUUAUCACAACUGACUUUGGCCUAAGUGUGAGUUACGAUGGCUCUUGGGUCGUGCGCAUCACUGUCCCAGCUAAUUACAGUGGAGCCACAUGCGGCUUGUGUGGUAACUUCAAUGGGCAAAAGAGUGACGAUUUCCGCAAACGAUCAGGUGCGCUGGCUCUUUCAGCCUUUGAGUUUGGAGCUGACUGGAAAGUGGAGAAUGACACGUUGUGCAGCGAUGGAUGUGGAGACUCCUGUUCAUCAUGUCAAAAUCCAGUUGAGGCGCGGGCCCAGUGUCAGAUCAUCAGGGACACCCGGGGUCCAUUGAGCUUCUGUCAUGCCACCGUGGACCCCCAGGCCUACUUUGAUGACUGUGUGUUUGAUUUGUGCCUCUCUGAGCACAGACAUGAUGUACUGUGCCGUUCCAUCCAAACCUAUGUGAGUGCCUGCCAGUCUGCCAAUGUCGUGAUCAACCCCUGGAGAGAGAACACGACCUGCAGAAUGGACUGUCCCAUGAACAGCCACUAUGAGCUGUGUGGCACAGACUGUGGUCAUACCUGUGCUAGCAGCAUUGAUGCUGUAUGUGAGCGGACGUGUUCAGAGGGCUGUUUCUGUAAUGAGGGCUUUGUGAGGAGUGGAGGACGCUGUGUUCCAGUGGAACAAUGUGGCUGCUUGUACAAUGGAUUCUAUUAUCAUAUUGGUGAGCAGUUCUGGACCCCAGGAUGUUCACAACGCUGUGAGUGCUUUUCUACCAAUGACCUGCGCUGCUACUCCACCUCCUGCUCUCCCACCCAGGAGUGUGAGGUCAGGAAUGGCCUGCGUGGCUGCUACAGCAGAAUGUCCUCAUGCAUGGUCUGGGGUGAUCCCCAUUACUUUACCUUUGAUGGAGCUGUCACCACCUUCCAGGGAACUUGUUCAUAUGAGAUCUCUAAGACCUGUGGGAACGUCUCAGACAAUGGCUUACAGUUCCGUGUGGUGGCAACUAACAUGCAUCGUGGGAACAUGGCUGUGUCGUUUCCGUCUAAAGUGGAUGUGUGGCUAACUAGAUGGGGACAACAGACACAGAUAACUAUUGGACAAAGAGAGGAGUCAGAGGUUAAUGGGACUGACACAAGCUCGUCUGCUUUUCAAAUCAACUACUUUACAGAAGUACAUCAGGAACAAGAUUUUGUGGUUGUGAAUGCAUCAAACGAGCUCAUGGUCUACUUUGAUGGUCGUUACACACUUUCAGUGAAACUGGGCCCGAGCUUCCAGGGAUCUGUUUGUGGAAUGUGUGGCAACAAUAAUGGAGACCCUGCAGAUGACAAAGCUAUGCCCAAUGGAGCUCUCGCACCCAAUGACAGUGUUUUUGGCAACAGCUGGAGAUCAAUUAACAGUGCUGCAGGGUGUGGUGCUAAUGACCAGGCAGGUGAUGUGAAUGACUGCCCUUUAAGACAGGAGUACUCUGAAUUCUGUAGCAUCAUCACCAACACCAGUGGACCCUUCAAGCCCUGCCAUAUCCAUGUCAACCCUGCUGUUUACUACAAUUCCUGUGUGUAUGACCUGUGUGUCUACUCAUCAGCCAACGGUAUGCUGUGUUCAGCUCUGGAGGCCUAUGAAGUUGCUUGCACUACGAUGGGGAUCCAGAUCUCAGACUGGCGGUCAGGUCUAGCUUGCUCGAGGAUGGAUCCCUGUGCAGAGCUGAACUGCACUGCAGAUGAGUGGUGUGGGGAGAAGGAUGGCAUCUAUGGCUGCUUCUGUAAUGAGGAUCAUCCUAGACCGAAGCUUGAGUCUUACGAUUCCAGAGAAACCUGUCAGAGCAGCUCUGGCACCAUGUCUCUGUCCCGCUGUCAGCUCUUUGAAGCUGGUUUCCCUGCUAACAUCCUGCAUCUGAAUGACCCCAACUGUAACGGAACUCUACAAAACGGCAGACUGGUGUUCCACUUUGAUAACAAUGACCACAUCUGUGGCACAAAUUUCACGGCCAAUGGCACACACUUCAUGUACGAGAACUUUAUCCAGGGAGUAGUGGACUCAGCAGGAGGACUCAUCAACAGAGAGAAACGUCUGAAACUGCACUUCUCCUGUGUUUACCAGCUUAGCCAGACACUUACCAUGCACACAGAACUAAAUCCCCUGCAGAGCAUAGUGCACAAGACCCUUCCAGAUGGUCAGGGGAUGUACCAGCUCAUGAUGAUUCCCUACCAGGAUGCUGCCUUCUCCUAUCCUUACAAUGGCAAUGUGGGCAUAAAGGUGGACCAGCGGAUCUACGUGGAAGUGAAGGUUCAGGGAGUGGACAGCCGUCAGAUUGCCACAGUGAUAGAUUCAUGUUGGGCCACUCCUGUGAAUGACCAGAACUAUGCUGUCCGCUGGGACCUCAUCAUUAAUAGGUGUCCUAAUCAAGAUGAUAAGACAGUGAAAGUGCUUCAGAAUGGUGUCUCCACAACUGGCCGUUUCAGCUUCAAGAUGCUGGCCUUUAAUGACAACUACUCCAAAGUUUUCCUUCACUGUGCCAUCCACCUUUGCCUUCUGCAGGGCAACAACUGUGCAGCGAACUGUUCUCCUGGACAGCAGCACAGAGCUGGCCGGUCUGUGGACAUCCACGACAAAGCCUCCAUCUCUGUGGGACCUUUUAUCUGGACUGCUGGAAGCACAGAUGAGUGAAAACAGUCCUGCUGUGUGUGGAUCUCUGGUCAUUCUCUUCGAGUCUCUUCUGAUUUUUUAAAAUCCUCCUUUAAUGACAAUAUAAAGACAAUCAAAAUAUGUGAUUUCAUAUUUUAUACACUAAUCAAAUCUCCAUUUAGCUGAGUUUAGCAUUAGAGUCUCAUUUUGGCCAUGAAAGAUUGUUCAUUAUUAGAGAUCGUGAUUCAUUCGAGAUAUAUCAAAGAUAUGUUAAAGCUUGUAGAGUGAACAUCAAACACCUGUCAGAAUGCAGACAUUAUAGUUGCGCUUAUUUAAUACAUUUAACAUUCUUUUCUGAGAGCAGUAUUUAGCAUUACAGAUUAUACUGUCUGGGUGAGAACAGAAAUAAAGUUUGGGUGCUGAACAGGUUGAUUGGUAUGAAAUAUGUACCUUUUUCUUCUUAGUAAUUCCAUAUUAUUUCUCUUUUUACUUCUCCUUUCUCCAAGUGUGGAUUAUAAUUUCAUGUCUUAACAUUACAUUUGAAAAAUCAUUGUAAAUCAUUUUGAAACACUGUUUUUUCUUCAAUAAAUUCCUUUUUAAAUUGUG